AUGUCGAGAUUGGACAGGUUAGUCGUCUUGUUGGAAACAGGAUCGACCUCCUUUAUACGAAAUACAGCUGCUGACCAACUCUCGGAUUUGGCAAAAUCGCAUCCCGAGGAUAUUUUAAACCUACUAGCAAGAGUAUACCCCUUUCUCAAAUCUCCCCGGUGGGAAACAAGAAUUUCGGCAGCAAGAGCAUUCGGAGGUAUAGUUAAUAAUGCUAGUCUAUGGGACCCAAACUCCAACGACGAUACAAGUGAUACUUUUGUCAAGAAGGAAUUUGAGGUGAGUCUAGAGGGUGAAACUGGAAAUGCUGAAAAUGGUGGUGGAGAAGAGGACCUCGAGACCAGGGUGAAAAUAGAACCUGGAAAGGACCUCGAGACAAGGGUGAAAAUAGAACCUGGAAAGGACCUCGAGACAAGGGUGAAAAUAGAACCUGGAAAGGACCUCGAGACAAGGGUGAAAAUAGAACCUGGAAAGGACCUCGAGACAAGGGUGAAAAUAGAACCUGGAAAAGACCUCGAGACAAGGGUGAAAAUAGAACCUGGAAAUCAAUGCGAGACAAAGGUAAAACUAGAGCAAGAUGAGGAGUUGGCCGAGAUGAAUAAUUGUAUUUCAAAUUUAAUUGAUUUCAGUUCUUUCAGCUUACACGAAUUGAUAAAAGGUGGGGUUAAACUAUUAGCAUCCAAGUCCGAUGAUACCCUCAACCAUGACAACAGUAUAUGUGACGGCGAUAAUACUUUAAUUGCAAGAAUAAAGCGACAUAGAACUAAUAUUCUACCUCAUACCGAAGAGGACUCUGAAUUUAGAACUGAAGAUACCCCAGUGUCAAAUACUCCAACUCCACCAAUAAAACUGGAAAACUGUUACAACACCAAACACGAGCACCCUCAACCUGAUGCAUUGGAUUCCUUAUCAGAAUCCUCAACGCCGGCUCAGUCACCUACGAUAGAUAGACCAAAUUUCAAUAAACCAAGCUCAAGUGCAAGACUCAAAGCAAUACAAAAAAGGAGAGCCAAGGCAAAUGCAAGGUCAGGUGGUAACAAAUUGAAAAAUGUGGACAUAUCUCAGAGUUCCUUGUCACGGAAAAUGAUUGAGAAUGGAGAUUCGAUGGAUAUAGACACUCAAGACCUAGAUAAUAGCAACAACAACAACAACAAUAACAACAACAAUAACAAUAACAAUAACAACUAUAACAAUAACAACAAUAAUAAUAAUAAUAAUAAUAAUAAUAACAACAACAACAACACGGAUGGAGGCCAGGUACAAUUUGAUAUAACCUCCCAACAAGGAGGAUCAAAACUAGUUGUUGAAACUAAAGCAAGUGAGACCUCCCCUUUACUUUCACUUCACAAUAAAGUUGCUGGGUUAAUCUGGCAGUUCCAAGGUGUUUACGAGUUAUUAUUGGCCGAUUUGUUUGAUGACAACUGGGAAGUACGACAUGGUGCCGCGCUUGGUUUGAGAGAAUUAAUUAAAAAACACGGCAAGGAAGCGGGAAGGGUUAUGAAUAAGUCCAGAAGCGAGAAUGAUGCCACCAAUAAGGCGAUAUUAGAAGAUUUGGCAGUAAAGUUAUGUAUUUUGUUUUGCCUUGAUAGAUUUGGUGACUACGUUUCAGACACAGUUGUAGCGCCGGUGAGGGAGUCAGCUGCACAAACUUUGGCUGCUUUAUUAAUUCAUCUUGAUGAUGAAUGCGUUAUUAAGACUUUUGAUUGUUUAAAUACCAUGACUUUACAGGACGACUUGGUGCCAAAGUGCUGGGAAGCCAAACAUGGAGGUAUGUUAGGUGUCCGUUAUCUUGUUAGUGUGAGGACGGAUAUUUUAUUAAAGAUCCCUGGCAUGUUUGAUAAAGUCAUUAAUAUGGUCCUACGCGGUCUUCAAGAAAGUGACGAUGAUGUCCAAUCAGUGUCUGCAUUGACCUUGACUCCGAUAGCAUCUCAAUUUGUCUCUACAAGAGGAAACAUGAUCAAGGUGUUGCUAUCAGUAAUUUGGGACUGCUUGGUGAAUUUAAGAGACGACUUGUCUGCUUCUAUUGGAUCAGUGAUGGAUCUUUUGGCAAGACUUUGCAGCCACAAAGAAGUCAUUGAUAUAAUUCAGCAGGAUGCUAGUCUAAAUGAAAAAAACUCUUUUGAGCAUUUGGUGCCUCGACUAUACCCAUUUUUGAGACACUCUAUUACAAAUGUGCGGAAAGCAGUAUUGAGAACCAUAUUGAAAUUUUUGGCAAUAGAUGACCCAGCAACAAAAAGAUGGAUAGACUAUAAAGCAUUGAGGUUGUUAUACCAGAAUUUACUUGUUGAGCAGAACCCGGAUGUGUUGGAGUUAUCCAAAGAAGUCUUUGACAAUUUGUUAAAUGCAAUCAUAGAAAAUGGAUCAGAUGUUAAUCAAAUAUUUGUCACUCAGGCGAGAGACUUGUUGAGUCUCACACUAACUCCAAUUGGUAUAUCUAGGCACAACUAUCAAAUGAAUACCUCUCUCAUCAUGCGUCCGUCUGGGUUGAUGCUUGGGCCAUUGGAUGAAGAUGAUAAACGUGGUAUUAAACGUGAUAAACGACAAGCUGAUGAGCCAAUCUUGGAUAUUCCGAUUGAGGAUUUAAAGGUCAAUAUUGAUUCUCCGGUUUAUAGAGGAGAUGUUAUGCUUGUUGGGUAUGAAAAAAUGAUAGCAAUGAGGUGUACAGCGUCUAGUGCAUUUGGUAGAUGCUUGUCAAUGAUCAGCUCAAAAGAUAUACUUCUCAAUAUUUUUGAAAUCAUAUCAAAAGAUUUGAAAUCACCGCAUGCAACUGCAAGAUUAUUAAGUGCAUUUAUUAUUGAGUCGUAUGCAACUGCGCUCAAAGAGCGAAACCUUACUUCAGCUCUACCAGCAUCACCACCACCACCACCACCAGAGUUGGUAACUUUGCUUUCUGCAUCUUUAACAGAGACAUUACUGGAAAUGUCAUCAUCAUCAUCAUCAUCAUCAUCUCCUUCUAGCUUUAGAGAAUUAACCCCCACUCUAAAAUCAGUACGGACCUCGUGCUUACAGUUAUUUGAUUGUUUUGUUUCUACUGCUAGAUUGGCACCUUCUAAAAUACCACAAAUUCCUAUUCUCGUACAAGGUGAACCAGAAGCUGGACUUGGCGCUUUUAAUCUUGAAUAUGCCGAAAAGAUUUGUAAUGAAACAUUUGAAAGAUUGAAAAAGAGUUUAUCAACUACACAUAGAUUGUCAGCCAACCAAGCGCUCGAAGAUGCAAGACAUAGAAUAACCGUUGCUAUUGAAGAGUCACGUUUAGCAACAAAUUCAAGAGUGGUUUCUGUAUUGGCUGCUUACGCGGGUGCUCUAUUGGAAUUGACUGGUUUGCCAAAGAAAUUGAAUCCAAUAAUUAAAUCUUUGAUGGAAAGUGUGAAACUGGAAGAGUCGUUGGUUUUGCAAAACAAAAGUGUUCAUUCAGUGGCCAGUAUGGUUCGACAAUUGAACGAAAAUGGAAAACGGAACGUAGCUGAUAAAAUUAUCAAAAACUUGUGUGCUUUCCUGUGUGUUGAUACAGCCGAGGUUCCUGAAUUUCACCAUAAUGCUGGGUUCAAAAAUAACAUUUUGUCGUUAAGAAAAGAAGAAGCUCAAAACGAUCCAGUUGAUGCUGCUGCUCAUGAGAGGGCUGUUCACGAGGCAAGAAUUAAACGUCGUGGAGGUAUAAUGUCGCUAGAAAUGAUUAUUAAAGUUUAUGGCUCAAAAUUGUUUACAGAAGUGCCGAAAUUAAAAGAGCUUAUGAUUGGACCAUUGGCAGAUUUGGGCAAACUUUCAAGUGAAGAUAUAGCAAAGGAUGAAUUCAAAGGCCAGAGCAUUAUUGAUGCAUUGGGUAUACUUAAAGCAUUUUUGCCAAAACUCGAUCAGUCUAUUGUUUCAGAAAUUACCGACGAUUUGGAUCUUUUGCUUCCUGGAUUGAAGUCGGAGUAUUCAGUUUUCCGUUAUUCUACUGCCAAAUGUUUUGCAACGAUUUGUUCAGUUGUGCCAACAAAAGCCUUUAUUUUUUUGGUCAAUUCGGUAUUACCAAUGUUGAAGAAUGCUGGUAGUGUUAGAGAAAGGCAGGGUGCAAUUGAAACGAUAUACCACAUUUCAUCCACAAUGGGCGCAACCAUUCUUCCAUAUGUUAUGUUUUUAAUUGUUCCAAUUUUAGGUAGGAUGAGUGAUUCUGAUCACGACGUUCGUGUUUUGUCCUCGACAACUUUUGCGUCCAUCAUAAAGCUAGUUCCACUUGAGGCUGGUAUUCCAGAUCCGGACGACAUGCCUGAAGAGUUGUUAAAGGGAAGAGAAAAAGAACGGGAUUUCAUUCUGCAAAUGAUGGAUCCUUCGAAAAUAAAACCGUUUGAUCUACCUGUAUCAAUCAAAGCAACAUUACGUAAGUACCAACAAGAAGGUGUAAAUUGGUUAGCAUUUUUAAACAAGUACCAUUUACAUGGGAUUUUAUGUGAUGAUAUGGGUUUAGGUAAGACUUUGCAAACAAUCUGCAUAGUUUCUUCUGAUCAUUAUAUGAGAGCAGAGAAAUAUAAAGAAACUGGAUUAGCUGAGUAUAGACAGUUGUCAUCAUUGGUUAUUUGUCCUCCGUCUUUGACUGGUCAUUGGGAGCAAGAAAUUAAUCAGUAUGCCCCAUUUUUGAAAGCACUUGUUUAUGCAGGAAACCCCAGUACAAGAAUUCCACUUCGAAGUCAGUUGAAGAGUGUUGAUAUUGUAAUCACGUCUUAUGAUGUUGCUAGAAAUGAUGUUGAGUUUAUCACUUCUCUUGAUUAUAAUUAUUGUGUUUUGGAUGAAGGUCAUAUUAUCAAAAACGCAAACUCGAAGCUAGCAAAAGCCGUGAAAAGAGUCAAAGCAGAACACCGAUUGAUUCUUUCUGGUACACCAAUUCAAAACAAUGUUUUGGAACUUUGGUCCUUAUUUGAUUUUUUGAUGCCCGGCUUUUUAGGAACAGAAAAAGUUUUUCAUGAGAAAUUUGCCAAACCAAUAGCUGCAAGCAGGAAUAGUAAAACGUCUUCAAAAGAGCAAGAAGCUGGAGCUUUGGCAUUGGAAUCGUUGCACAAGCAAGUUUUACCCUUUAUGAUGCGUCGACUCAAAGAGGAUGUAUUAUCUGAUUUACCACCCAAGAUCAUACAAGACUAUUAUUGCGAAUUAAGCGACUUGCAAAAAAAAUUAUACAAAGACUUUGCCAAAAGUCAACAAGAAAACAUAAAAGCUGAAGUUUCGUCAUCUGAAAAGCAAAACCAAACUCAAACCCACGUUUUCCAAGCAUUGCAAUAUAUGAGAAAAUUGUGUAAUCAUCCUGCAUUGGUUGUUUCACCACAACACCCGAAAUAUGACGAGGUUAACAAAUUUCUACUGUCACGUAAUUUGAACUUGAAGAACAUUGAACAUUCGCCCAAGUUGUUAUCGUUGAGAACCUUAUUAUUGGAAUGUGGUAUUGGAUCCCAGGAUUCAGAGUACGACAGAUCUCUCAAACUGAAAAAGAGUGACCAACAAUUAUUACCUGCGCAGGGUGUCAUUUCCGAGCAUCGAGCAUUAAUAUUUUGUCAACUAAAGGAUAUGUUGGAUAUUGUAGAGAAUGAGUUAUUGAAAAAGUACUUGCCGUCAGUAACAUAUAUGAGGUUGGAUGGUAGUACUGAUCCGCGUGAUAGACAGUCGAUUGUGCGGAAAUUCAAUGAAGAUCCGUCGAUUGAUGUUUUGUUGCUUACUACUAAAGUAGGAGGAUUGGGAUUGAAUUUGACAGGUGCAGACACGGUUAUCUUUGUGGAGCACGAUUGGAAUCCAAUGAAUGAUUUACAAGCGAUGGACCGAGCUCACAGAUUGGGACAAAAGAAAGUUGUUAAUGUGUACAGAUUAAUUACCAAAGAUACUCUUGAAGAGAAAAUCAUGGGACUACAAAAAUUCAAAAUGAAUAUUGCCUCGACCAUUGUUAACCAACAAAAUGCCGGCUUACAGUCUAUGGACACCAAUCAAUUAUUGGAUUUGUUUGACUUUGAGCAUUCUGGCGUUAAGCCGGAAGAAGCAAGUAAGAAAGAUGAUGAUAAUAAAUCAAAUGAUAAUGGUUCUGUGCAAAGCAAUAAGAUGCCAGAUGAUUUGACUGGUGGUUUGACUGGAAAAGCAGUGGGUGCAGUUGGCGAAUUGGCUGAACUAUGGGACGAACAACAAUAUGAAGAUGAGUACAAUCUUGAUAAUUUUAUCAAGACUUUGAAAUAG